AUGCACUUCUCUCAUAUGAUUAUUUUUCAGUAUGGUAUCAUAGAGCCUCACAUCUCGCAGGGCCCAUGUCAUCGAACUGGUGGAGCAGGGGAAGCUCAAGUUUCCGGACUGGUGGACGCCGUCCCCGACCUUGUGUCUUGCCAUGCCUUUGAGUACAGCUCACUGCUGUGCAGUGCUGAGUGGUGUGAGCUGGGCUGUGUGACAUGUUCAACUGUGCAUGCCACGAGGCAAGUGGUGGUGGAUCAGGAGGUGACUAUGAAGCUCACACCGGCGGGCUUCAUUCGGAAUUACUCGAAGAAAGCCUACAAGGAGAAGUACGGCCGUGAAGGCACCGAAGAUGGGCUUCAGCUCCAGGACGUCAAGCUUCCGGACGGUGAAACCUGCCAGUGCUUCAAGGUGUGGAUGGGGCCCAAAGACGUUUGGGACGAGUCCAUCUCGCAGGAGACGACUGUGAGGAUCACCCCGGACCAGCAGUCCAGCAGAUACAAGCAGAGGGCCAAGCGAGCGAUCUUGGAUACUUAUCCAAUGGACUGCCCCUUGGAGAAGGCUCCUAGGAUUCUGGAGCCAGACCGUGGCUCCAUGGUCGCUCCGCUCCUUCGUGGUCCAUCAAGUGUGCUGCCAGGGUUUGCUCCUUCCCAAGCAGCUGGGCCAUCAAGUGGUGGCGGUGCUGGUGCUGUUGCUUCGGACAAUCCGCCUGCGAGCGUGCGCAUUGGACUUUCUGAUGACGAGGAUGAUGAGGCUGAGAUGCUGGGGAUUCAAGGCGAGAAGAAGAAGCGCAAGAGUGAUGCCAAAAAGGUCUCAGAGUCCGAGAAGCUUCUCAAGGAAUUUGGCGACCUGGACACGGAAUUCCGCAACCUUUUGGCGGAGUUGAGAUCUUUCCCGCCAACCUUGCCGGACAAGUUCGGCUACAGCCUAGGCAAGGUGGACAGGGCCGCCACCAAGCUGCUUGGGAACCUGAAGAAGGCCAACGCCUUCGAGAGUCUCCCUUCCUUGAAUACCAUGAUUGAUCAGAUUGCUUCGACGAGAGAUCUCAUCAAAGUCUCGGGCAACUUCUUUUCCGGAAAGUCAGGAAUGAACAAGAAGCACGAAGAGCCCUUCUACAACCUGUUCAAGAAGGUCCAGGCAGCCCACCCACUGGUGAUUGCAUCCUUCAACCCCCUGCUGGAAACCCGUUUCAUCGAGGUGGGCUACAGUCGUGACAUGAAGAGCAGUGAUUGGCCAUCAGUUGCAGGCUAUGUGGCCCUCCAGAAGCAGAUCGAGGUGCAUGGUGGAGACGAGGAGGCUGGCGAGAAGGGCUCAAUCGCGUUGGCUGAGAAGCUCGUGUCCUACCUGGUUGAGGAGUUGCCCAAGUGCGAGGAGGCUGGCGGGGAGCCGGACCUUGUGUUGGACUACGUGAAGAAGAAAUUCCUGGAGGCCACAGAGGAAAUCCUGAACAAGAAUCCGGGUGAGAAGGUUUCGGAGGCUUUCAAUCGACUUCGUAUGCUCAUGCUCCUCAAUUCGGACGGGGAAAGCACCAUGGAUGAGACGAUGAAGUAUGUUGAGGAUUCAUCGAAGCCUGUGGUGCGUGUGUUCCUCAGCGCCCAGUUCGGCAAGAAGUUCGUGGAGCUUGGACAGGAGGCAAAUCAUGGAAUGCAGGCACGGGCAAUGAUCAACGUUUCCAUCCACAGCUCCACGCAAGAGAUUUUUGGGCUCGCGACCCUUGCGGAGUGGGAGGAGUACAAGCGCAGCCCCAACCAACACCACGCCGAGGCUCUGAACUCCUCGAGCUUCUUUGACAGCCUGGCGGGGAUGUGUGCGAAGGUUGUCAGUCUGGUCAGCGAGCAGUCGGACGAAUUCCUGCAGCAAACGAACACAGUCCAGAUGUUGAGAGAUUUGACCGCUUUGUUGGGGGAAGCGGUGAGUACGAUCCUGGCCUCCUUCCGGGAGAAGAUGGCUACUUGCUGCGUCGCCAUCCUCAGCGACCAUCCUUUGGACAUUAUGCAGGAAUGCUGGGUGUUUCCGAUGGGCCCCGACUUCGUGAUGUUCGGCAAGCUUCACACCAGCGGCUACGAGAAGCUGCAGCGACUUUGCUGUCGAUGCCAGGGCGUCAAGUUUCCGAGCAACGACCUGCACGCCAUAACUUCCUUUGCCAACUUGCUCCACGGUUUGCAUGACGUCUUGGAGCCCACCAAUGCCCAGGACCAGACUUUCGUCGCUUGGCAAGAGGGUGUGCCGGACUUUGUGGUGCAAGCCACGAGCGAGAAGACGCGAGCAAUUGGCCUGGCCUUCCAGAAGUUCUGUGAGAAGGUGGAUGCCAUGCCGAGUCGAAGCUUCCAGGGACUGGAUGGCAUGCCAAAAAAUGCCGAUGAUGUUGUCCGCAAGUGCAAGGACGUUCAAAAGUCCCUUCUCCCCGAGAUCUUCACCGCCAUGACGGAGCACUUCCACUCCGUGAACUUGGAGAUGCAGGACUGGUUCGUCGAGGCCGUGCGCCCGGGUGCUGUGAUCCCGGAGGCCCAGGUCGACAAGCGUGAAGUUCUCAACAAGGCCGCCACCUUCGACCUCCCGAGCGAGGAGUUCAGCUGCUUGUCAGGGAUGUCCGAGACCCUGAAGCGCAGCAAGAUCGACGUGGAGGCAUCCACAAAGGGCUGUGCCCAGGCCUUUGCGAGAACCACGGUGCUGGUGUAUGCGUGCAGCUUCAGGUAUGCUUGCAUGACCAAGAACUGGCAAGACGAGAAUAAGCCGACGCACGACGAAAUCGCGGAUUUUAUCGAGGUCUUUGAGAAGGACCUCCAUCAGAUCGUGAACGGCCUCCUCCAGUUCCAGAAAACGGCCAGCUCUGAGGACGCUUCGAUGCUGAUCAAGCAGGUGGAGAGCAUCGUGAUCCCAACCGUGACCAUGAUCCUGAAGCACCACGAGAGCCUGAUGAAUGAGUCCAUCAAUGCUUUGCCUUCGCAGUACGAGGUGUGGCUCUCCAACAGGAGCAUUCAGAAGAUCAAGAGUGCGAUGUUGAACCGAGAGAAACACUCCCAGAUUUGCGGCAAAUUGGACUCCCUCGCCAGGGUGUCAGGUGUGCUCCAGAAAAGCCUUGACAGCUUGUCUGCCUUCGGGGUGUGUCCCCAAACGGACUUGUCCCGCUUCCGCACCACGCUGCAGAACCUGAAGUCCUUGAAGACGUACAGCGCAACAGUGCACGGAGUGAACUUGGUCUUGUUUCGCUUGCCCAAGGAGAGUCAAAACCGGAACAAGGCUGCUUUGGUGAGAGAGUAG